GGAAAUCCCAUUCCUGCAGUAGUGGAUGCACAGACAGCUGCGGUUGUUGCAACUCGAAACUCACCCGCGUUGAGCAAUAUAGUAGUGCCGACCAAACCGAGAGGAAGUGGAAAGCUAAAUAAUGAGCCCAGCUCGUCCAAACAUAGUGAAGAACUGAUGAGAAAGAACGCAAACCUUGAAAGGCAGUUGCGGGAUGUACAAAAAUCCAUUGACGAGCUGAAAAGUCCCAGGUCGCACCAACAGACCCUUGAUUUGGAUAGUGCUCCACUAAACCUAUCCAUCACAGCAAGACCAUAUCAAGAGGGAUUCAAAAUUCCCCACCUGGAGACAUAUGAUGGCUCGGGCAAUCCAGAUGAGCAUCUGCACACCUAUCAAGCCAUCCUGAGAAUCCAAAAUGCCAAUGAUGCCAUGAUGUGCAAAGUGUUUCCUGCGACACUGAAGUCAACAGCCAGAAGAUGGGAGAUCAAACACACAGCGACCGAGUUGAUGCAAGUUCAUCAGAAGGAAGGGGAAUCUCUGAGGGACUACAUGCAGCGAUUCAACAAAGCCACCUUAGACAUUGAUAAUGUCCCCGAUACCAUCUGCUUGUCUGCCUUGCUACAUGGUCUGAAACGUGGCCGGUUCCUAGAUGACCUACUGGAAAACCCACCAAAGACGUGGAACGAAGUCAAUGACAGCAAAGGCAAUGAACAGCUACCAAGAAGAGAGGAAAAGAAAAACCAGAAAGUCAAUGAGCAAUGGGGGAAGCCAGUUGAAUUCCUGAAAUAUGCUAACUACAUCCCUCUAACCUUGCCAAUGUCUCAAAUUCUGGCACAAAUCCAGCACUGGAUUAAAAGACCUCCACCCCCAUUGCAUGAUUCCCCGAGAGCAGACAAUAACAAGCAUUGUGACUAUCAUCGUGUAUACGGUCACAAUAUAGAAGAUUGCCAACACUUAAAGGACAAGCUGGAGUUCUUAGCUCGCAAUGGGAAACUAGAAGGAUAUGUCCAGAAGCCUCAUACCCAACAACCAGCUCAAACUCACUUUGUGCAGGGAGCGGACAGAGGCCACCAGUUCAAUAGGCGAGGCCAAGGGCAGAGAACUGCCACCCAGAACCAAAAAGAUAGGAAAGGGGUAGGCUAUGCUGGGAUACCCCCGCCCUCAGGCACAAUAAACAUGAUCUCGGGUGGUAUGCAUUCUGGAGGCCAAAGCGCUCGAGGCCGUAAGGCGUAUGCCCGGCAGGUGAUGACCGUUGACAGGAAUAGACCUUUGAAGCGGCCAUUCGAGGAGGCGGAGUGGGAGAAUGCGUCCAUCACAUUUAGCCCGGCAGAUUAUAAACGAACAGACGGCGAGCCCGACAUUAUGAUGCCUCAUGCAGAUCCUUUCGUGGCAACGGUUCAUAUAGGCAAUCAUAACGUCAACAAGGUCUUCAUUGAUACUGGUAGCUCACCCGAUAUCCUUUAUUGGAGCUACUUUCAGAAGAUGCAGCUGAAUCCGAGCUUGCUACAAAAGUAUAAAGGGCACAUCUAUGGGUUCAAUAAUCAACCCGUCCCAAUUGAAGGAGUCAUUACUCUACCCAUCUAUGUGGGCUCGGAACCACACUUCAAGAUGGCUUCUGUCACCUUCCUGGUCGUCAAGAUGGAAUCAGCUUUCAAUGCUAUAUUAGGAAGAGCCACCCUGUGCGAGCUGAAGGCUGUUAUCUCUCAACCCCAUCUCUGUAUGAAAUUCCCAACUCCUCAGGGAGUAGGAGUACUUAAGGGGAACCAGAAGAUUGCCAGAGCCUGCUAUCAAGAUACGUUUAAGAAGGUUGACCUCGCUGCAGCCCUAGCAGGUUCUGAAAUUCACAGGCCGGCCCAGCUCGAUCAACAGACAAUGAGUAUAUCAGACAUGGAGCACCGACCUGAGGGUGUCGAGCAGAAAGCAGAGCCGGUAGAGCUAGUGGAGACAGCUCCUUUAAACCCCGAUGUGCCGGAAAGAACAGUUAAGAUCGGCACCAAGCUCACAGAAAAAGAGCGGGUAGAGCUUCUGGAGUUUCUGAGGGCUAAUCAAGAUGUGUUUGCGUGGACUACAGAUGAAAUGCCUGGCAUUCCAGCAAAGUUGAUAGUCCACAAACUCAGCACGGACCCCACCAAAUGGCCGGUGGUUCAGAAAUGUCACCUUUUUGGCCUAGAUAAGCAAGCGGCUAUAGAUGAAGAGAUACAAAAAUUGUUGCAGGCAGACUUCAUCAGGAGGGUGGAAUAUUCUGAGUGGGUGUCCAACCCUGUGCUCGUCAAAAAACCAAAUGGCAAGUGGAGGAUGUGUAUUGACUUCACCAACCUAAAUGAGGCGUUACCACCAGGUUCAGUUGCUGUUGUCGACCAGGAGAAAACAGCCUUUUAUGCUAGGGACGCAAUCUACUGCUAUGUCAUGAUGCCGUUCGGCCUGAAAAACGCUGGUGCAACUUAUCAAAAGUUGGUACAAAUCAUCUUUAAGCUCCAAAUCGGCAGGAACAUAGAAGUAUAUGUAGAUGAUAUGAUAGUCACAAGUGUGCGAGCUGAGGAUCAUAUAGAUGACCUGGCUGAGACUUUUCAGAAUUUGCGUCGAGCCCAAAUGAAGCUGAAUCCCCUGAAAUGCACUUUCGCUGUAGAAUCAGGAAAAUUCCUAGGGUACGUGGUAUCCAAGAAAGGAAUUGAGGUAAACCCAGAGAAGGUCCAAGCCGUUCAGCAGAUGGAGCCUCCCAAGACCAUAAAGGAUGUGCAGCACCUGAUAGGUCGUGUAGCCGCGUUGCACAGGUUCAUAGCCAGAUCGGCAGAAAGGUGCCUCCCAUUCUUUAAAGCCCUAAAAGAGCCCAAAAACUUUCAGUGGACAGAUGAAUGUCAACAGGCGUUUGACGAGCUCAAACAAUAUCUAGCAUCAGCACCUUUGCUAUCCAAGCCUGUGGAGGGGGAGAGUUUAUGCUUGUAUCUAGGGGUUACAAUGGAGGCGGUGAGCUCGGUCCUACUCAGGGAAGAGAAUAAGAAUCAGAAGCCUGUCUGCUAUGUAAGUAAGGUUUUACAAGACGCCAAGCAGAACUACCCAUUAGCAAAAAAGGCUGCUUUUGCCCUGGCUGUGGCAAACUUCCUUGUGGAGUGCAUCUCGGCCACGGUGGAAGAAAAGACACCCGAGCACCCAGUCUGGGUCUUGUAUGUUGAUGGAGCUGCUAACAUUGAAGGAUCGGGUGCUGGGGCUGUAUUAGUGGGCCUAGAUGGCUUUAAAUCCGAGCAUGCAUUGAGGUUUAAGUUUCAGACAACUAACAAUGCUGCAGAAUAUGAAGCCCUCAUUUAUGGAUUGAAGUUGGUGUCCGAGCUGAAGGUACAGAGCAAUCAAGUUUUCAGUGACUCUCAGCUCGUUGUGGGUCAGGUGAAUGGCAGUUGUGAAAUCAAGGAUCCCCAGCUUGGUCGUUAUGCUUCUGUGGUCAACAGAUUGAAGUCGGGAUUUGUCUUUUUCCAAAUCGACAAAAUACCAAGAGCAGAUAACCACCGAGCUGACGAGCUGUCAAAGUUGGCCUCCUCGCAAGACCUUAACCCUCAGAGAUCAACAAUUGUCGAAGUGCUCGAUGCCUCGAGCUACACUGAUUUCACAGUCGAGUGUCAGCUGUUAAGCACAGAUCCCUCUUCAUCGAGCUGGACUACCCCGCUCAUAGAGUAUCUGCGAACUAGUGAACUGCCUGAAGAUCUGUCCACUGCAAAGUUGAUUAAAUGUAGGGCAGCACAUUUCACUUUGUUAGAUAAUCAGCUCUAUAAACGAGUAGCCUCAAUACCCCUAUUACAUUGCCUUACUCCCUAUAAAGCUGAAUAUGCGGUGAGCGAAGUCCAUGAAGGAAGCUACGUCAAAAAGUGCCCGACUUGCCAGUUCAAUGCUGGUGAUAUUCACAUGCCAGUCGACCUGCUCGGCCCUUUUGUGAAAGGCAAAGGAGGGUGCACUUACCUCGUCGUUGCAGUGGAUUACUUCACCAAAUGGAUAGAAGCUAAACCAUUGUCCACGACAACAGAGAAGAAAAUAGAAGAAUUCUUGCUCAAUUCAAUAUUAUGCAGGUUUGGCAUACCCAAACGGAUCAUCGUUGACAAUGGUCCACAGUUUCGAGCUACGGCACUAAGGUCAUUCUGUGACGAUUAUGGCAUUGAGCUCGCCUUGACAUCUGUGUAUACUCCACAGUCAAAUGGACAAGUUGAGUCCGCGAAUAAAAUCGUCUUACGAGGCCUAAAGACGCAUGUUUCAGCUGCACAUUCUAAUUGGGUUGACGAGCUCAAUAAAGUGCUUUGGUCAUGUCGCACUACACCCAGCUCGUCCACAGGCGAAACCCUAUUCAGCCUUGCCUAUGGAGCUGAGGCCAUCAUCCCCGUAGAGGUCGGAUUGUUGUCGGAUAGAACAGGUCGGCAUAAGGAUUCUCACAAUGAACAACUCUUAAGAGAGAAUCUGGACCUUGUGGAAGAGGUUAGGGAGAUGUCUCAAAUAAAAAACAUGGAAUAUCAGGGUCGUAUUGCAAAAUUUUACAAUAAGAGAGUUCGAGCUCGUCAAUUUCAGGUUGGCGAUCUGGUUUUACGCAAAGUUGGGUUAACCAAUGCUUAUUCACACAUGGGCAAGCUCGCUCCUAAUUGGGGAAGGUCCGUAUAUGGUUGUUCAAAUUAACCGACCUGGAUCUUAUAUAUUAGCAGAUAUGAACAAGCACCAAUUACCAUUUACAUGGAAUGUUCAGAACCUUAGAAAAUAUUACAAUUGAUUUGUAUUGUUAUUGGAAUGAUGUACGAGUACAAUGCAAAUAAUACACACAGUUUUCCAAAAAAACGUUUAGAUUAUAUUCCUUGUAAAUCAAUUACAUGAAAUGUC